CUUUUUAAGCCUGUGUUCUUAUAUGUAGACGAACGCAAUUAGUCUACUCAUCCAGGGAUUUCGGUAGAAGUUGACGUUGGCUUCUGUUUCCCUGCCGCUUGUUCUGAUUUUCCCGUUUCCACCUCGAAUGGUGCAGCAGAGUGUGUAGAUACUAUGGAGGAGAAAUCUGCAUCUUAUGAGCGUGUUGUGUACAAGAACCCCUCCGAGUACCACUAUAUGAAGAUUCAUCUAGUUCUUGAAAAUGCAGACACGAGCAUCAGCGCAGAAGAGUUCAAGUACCUGAUAAUCUCUGGACUCAAAGACCUUUACGGAGAGGUUGGAGCUGCGAUCCCCUUUGAUGUGCUGACCUUUGACCAGACUGCACUAUCGGCCAUACUUCGAGUGUUCAACAGUGGUCUGGUGAAAUUGUGGAGUGCCCUAACACUGACCGGAUCAUAUGCAAAUAAACCGUGCGCUUUCAGAGUCACCCAGGUUUCGCCAUUUUUAUUAGCCCUUUCUGGAAAUAGUCGUGAGAUGGAGGUGUAGUAGCUCCGUCAUCGUCAAGAAGCGCUCCACCUUUUACCUGUGAAAAUGACCUUCGUUCUGAGAAGGAGCCUGCUGGGUAAGAC